AAGUGUAUUUCGUUUAUGAAGAUUUCAAUAUUUUAUCAUUUUGUUAUUUCAGUUUCUAAAUCCGUUAGAAUUUCAAAUCGAAUAAAAGAUAUCUUAUAUUUAAUUAAACUAAUCCAUAAUCGAUAUGCAAGUGUAUUUGUAUAUUUAUAUUACGAUUUGUGUAAAGGUGCCGCUGGUUUCCAUUUUCUUUCAGGUCAGCAACAAUUGCAGAACGAGUUAUCAUGCAUAGAGAAAGAGGAAUGCGGAGCAUGUCUUGUUUCUGGUCCACACUGCCGCUGGUGCGCCGAUCCUUAUUUCCGGAACGGGGAACCACGAUGUAAUGACGAUGAAAGUUUGGUACAGGCUGGGUGUAGUCAGGGUAUGAUCCAGCGACAAAGACCUGCAAUAUGGGAGGUGAUAGAGAACCGUACUCUGCAGGAUGUUCAUUCGGAAGAUCAAGAAAAUGUAGUGCAGAUACAACCGCAGAAGAUUCGAAUCUCACUAAAGCCUCGAGAAUCCAAAAAAAUUAAAUUUUCAUAUAGACCAGCCAAAAACUAUCCGUUAGAUUUAUAUUACUUGAUGGAUUUGACAUGGUCCAUGAAAGAUGAUAAGAUGACUUUAGUGUCUUUGGGAGACGACUUAUUAGCAAUGAUAAAAAAUUUAACAGAUAAUUACAGAAUAGGAUACGGCAGCUUCGCAGACAAACCUGCAAUGCCAUACACGUAUAUGGAUAAAAAUAGAAAAGAAAAUCCCUGUACGGUCGCAGAUGAGAGCUGCGAGGCGACAUAUAGUUUUAAGCACCAUUUAUCUCUCACCACAGAGGGAAAGGAAUUUAUUGAGAAAUUGAAUAGCAGUUCAGUGACUGCGAAUGUAGACAAUGCUGAAGCUCAGUUAGAAGCAUUAGUACAAGUCAUCACUUGCUCAGAAAUCAUGGGCUGGGCGACGCAUAGUCGUAAAAUUGUUAUUUUGCUGUCUGAUGGUCUGAUGCAUACUGCUGGUGAUGGAAAGAUUGGUGGAACAGUAUUAAGAAAUGAUGAACAGUGCCAUUUAGAUGAAAACGGAUACUAUUCGGAGUCUCUCACCUACGACUAUCCAUCCGUAGCACAAAUUUAUAGACUUUUAAAAAAUUAUAAGGUGAAUGUAAUAUUUGCUGUCACUAAUGAUGUAAAGAGACAUUAUGAUAAAUUACACGAACUACUCAAAGGUUUUACUCACGUCGCGACCUUGGAGAGCGACAGUUCUAAUAUUUUGAAGCUAGUCAAAAUGGGAUAUGAAGAGAUCGUCAGUGUUGUUGACUUCAAAGAUAAUUCAAAUAUAGGACCUGUAACUAUUAAAUACUUUACUGAUUGCGGAGUGCCGGGUGCGCAAUUUAAAGAAGCCACUCGAUGCGAAGAUGUCAGUUACGGCAUGACCCUCAAUUAUGAAGCUGUUUUCUCUCUGAAAUCGUGUUCAGAGUUUAAAACGGUAAACCAAACAAUAUAUAUCUCUGAAAGUCAGUUGGGCCAAGACUCUUUGUCUGUGGAUGUAGAAAUCCAGUGUGGUUGUGACUGCGAGUCCGAUCGCUUGGAAGGUAUGUCAAACACAUGCCCUAUAAAUUCUCGACGGGUUUGUGGAGUUUGCCAGUGCGACCAAGGGUGGAUGGGCCCUCAAUGCAAUUGCAACAUUAAGGAUUUUUCCCCGUCACUAGACCUACUAGCGCAAUGUCGUGAGAACUACACCUCUGGCGUCUGUUCAGGAGCUGGAGAUUGCUUUUGCGGCAAGUGCGACUGCGACCGUGGAUUCAAUGGCCGAUAUUGCCAAUGUAAAACCUGUGAAAUUGAUAAUGAAAAUGGGUUAGAAUGCGGUGGUUUAGAUCGUGGCACAUGUAUGUGCGGCAAAUGUAAAUGCGAAGAAGGAUGGAGUGGAGUCGCGUGCGACUGCACUCAAAGCAAUGAGACUUGCAUCGCUAAAGGCAGCGACCAAAUCUGUUCUGGACGCGGCGAUUGCGUAUGUGGUCAGUGUGAAUGUUGGACUCAAGAUGGAUACAUAUCACUAUACAAAGGUGCAUACUGCGAAUCGUGUCCGUCGUGUCCCAAUCCACUGUGCGCACACGCAGAGCCCUGUUUGUCUUGCUACCUCAACAGCUCUUGCAUAGCUACUUGUGACAUUGUUAGAAUCGAUGAUAUGGACAACUAUAACGAAACAGAAUUCCAAAACAGCGAUGCCAUCCAUUGCGUGCUACGCAAUGACGGAUGCGACUACAGGUACGUUUACACUAAGAGUAAUAAUGAAUCGUCAUCAAUAUCAAUCGUCAUUUACAACGUGCAAUGCGGCAUAGUAAACACAGCGAGGUUCAUGAACGUCGGCUUGGCGGUCAUGACGUGCGUAGUCGUAAUCGGCAUUAUAAUGAUCCUGGUAUACAAAUGUGGACAAAUAGUGUCGGACAAACGGGCGUACGCGAAGUUCGUGAAGGAAGUGGAAGCGAGCAAAUUUAAAGAGAACCAAUUAAAUCCUAUUUAUAAAUCGCCGAUUUCACAGUUCACGUUACCUGAAGAAUAUCCUAGAGAUCAUUUUGAAUAAACAUGUUACAUAUUACAUUUAAUAACCUUCGUGGUAUAGCGGUUUAACACAACGCACUUAUAUCUUACAAUAGUUGAGAGUUCGAUUCCCACACAUUGAAAAAAUGUUUACUGUACUAAGGCUAUAUGUAUUAGUCUAGGUUUUUUCUAUAUAUAAUAAGUACGAUUCUUUUUAUCCCUGAUUAUUUAUUUGGUUUUUAAUAUCUGUAUAAAUGUAUACAAGGCGGGGUUAACGUCAUUAGUAUUCUCUUCCAGUCAACCUGAAGGACUUUAUACUUAUUUCAUAGUUAAUUUUAACUAAUACUUUGUAGAGUAUUAACAAUCUCCAUCUUCGAUUUUCCAUUUAUGCUACUCUGUCUUUAUACUAUUUUUCUGUUCGCGCAAGUUGGUCGCUUCCUAUCUAUGUUUUUCCCUAUAAGUAUGUAUUUCCUUUUUUCUCAUACACACAUAUAUGUUUAUGUACAUUCUACAUUAUUACAUUUUAAUGUAAUCUUACAAUAAUUAUAUUUUAAUCUCACAGUGCACAGUGACAUACCUUUUUUUCUUUAUAAUAGAAGAAAUUUAUUACAUAAAAAAAGACGAUUUUAACGUCCUAUUAAUCUUUGGUAAAAUAUAUGGAGAUACUCGUAAAGAAAUAGAUAGGUGGCGCUCGUAAUAAAAAUAAAAGCAAUAGAUAGUUAAUAAAAUAUUCAUCUAUAUUCGUUUAUCGCAACGGUGAGGUGUAAAUAAUAGGGGAUCUUGUAAUGGAUUUUACUGUAAUUUUGUUAGACCUUAAUGUAAAUUAUAAUAGUGUUUAUUAUUGUUGCCCGAUUUAUGUUUUUUUAUAGCCAUUAAUAAUUUCCAUAUUAAGCGCACCUUAUUAUGAACAAUAAUUAUUUAAAGUAUGCUCUGCAAAUAAAUAUCAUUAAUCAUUACAAAAUUAGUAAGGGGCCAUGACGGGAGUAGUUCCUGUGUAUUAGAAAUUAAUGUAUUAAAUUCAGAUCGGAAUUGAUUAAAACAUCGUAUAAUAUACAUACGAAAAAAUUCCGGGCAAUUUAGAACUUCGUUCUUAUUUUAAGGCCUCUUAAAAAUUACGUUUAAUAAAUAUGGUUACCUGGUAAAUACAUAAAGUAACUCUAAUACGAGUUUUAAAAUGUUAAUUUAAGUGAAAUAUUAUUCCUAAUGUUAUUUCCUAGUCUUUUGCAUUUUUGCAUAAUUUAUGAACAUAUUUCGUAUUACAAAUUAAUUAAUAUCUUUUACCAUUGACUGUGUUCUUAAUGUUAAGUUUUUUGUUUAACCUCUUUGUAAUUGUUUGUGAAUAAAUGAAAAUUGUGUACAAUGGUUUACAUUGAAUAAAACACAUUUAUAAAUA